UCCUGUGUCCCAUUGGGUUGCCCAAUAUUCCAUUGGGAUGUUCUGUGUCCCAUUGGGGUUCCCUAUAUCCCACUGGGAUGUCCCAUGUCCUAUUAGGGUGUCCUGUGUCCCUUUGGGGUGUCCCGUGUCCCACUGGGGCGCCCCAUGUCCCAUUGGGGUGUCCAGUGUCCCACUGGGGUGCCCCAGCUGCCAUUGGGGUGCCCCAUGUCCCUUUGGGGUGUCCCGUGUCCCACUGGGGUGCCCCAUGUCCCUUUGGGGUGUCCAGUGUCCCACUGGGGUGCCCCAUGUGCCAUUGGGGUGCCCUAUCUCCCAUUAGGGCGCCCCAUACCCCCCACAUCCCCAAUGUCCCCCUGAGGCGCCCCAGCUCCCACCUGCCGUCCCUUUUCCUCUCCCGUCCAUCCCGUCUCCCUUCACUCCGACCCCACAUCCCAAGAAAUCUCCUUUUGGGGACCUUUUGGGGACGCCGUGACCCCGUUGUGCCCCGUAGGAACAUCAUGAACAACAAAGUCUUCUACCAGCACCCCAACCUGAUGCGGGCGCUGGGGAUGCACGAGACGGUGAUGCAGGUGAUGGUGAGCGUGCUGGGCGGCGGCGAGACCAAGGAGAUCCGCUUCCCCAAAAUGGUCACCAACUGCUGCCGCUUCCUCUGCUACUUCUGCCGCAUCAGCCGCCAGAACCAGCGCUCCAUGUUCGACCACCUGGGCUACCUGCUGGAGAACAGCAGCAUCGGCCUGGGUGCGGGGUCCCACCCGGCUCCCCGCGUCCCCAUCC